GAAACCAUGUUUUUAUACUUACUACCCACUACAACGUUACAAUAAUUAACUAUCGUGGGUUAUACUAUAGCAUCAUCGAAUAAAUUAUACACAGAAUAUGUAUUAUUAUUAUAUGUAUCUGUACUAUCUUGAUCUAAUAGUAUUUUAUUUGUGAUAGUAAUUGAAAAAGGUUGUGAUAAAGCGAGUGCCGACUGCCGAGUUUUCUCAGUUCUCGACUAUGUCUUGUGGGGCCAUCCCGUAACUUGUGUGUCAAAUGCCAAUAGUUGUCAAUCCUUAAUAGCAUAUUAGCGUUAUCUAUGCGUAUACUUUUGUGUCUUUACCCUAUUAUCCCUAUACCUAUAGUUGUACCUUUCGAGUUGUGGUGAUUAAACAUUUGAACGGUUGAAUUUUCCCUGUGUUCGUCCAUGUUCUUCUGUGCUCCAACAAUUGUUUUGACAUUUAUGUGUAUUUUUUUUUAAAUCGAAUUUGUUCUUCCGUACACUACCCGGGCGCCUGGAUACAUUGUAUACAUUACCUUAUUAUAUAUACAAACUGAAUUUUAUCGUCAAACACGUUCGCCACCGUUAUGUCUAAUAAGUAUAAAAACUAUGAUGCAUGCGCCGAUUGCAGUGCUCCAGAUUCAGAUUGGGUAGUUGUAAAUCGUGGAUUAUAUAUUUGUGACGAAUGUUGUAGUAUUCAUCGUAGUAUUGGUCGACAUAUAUCACAGAUCAAAAGUUUAAGUGCCGACUGGUGUCCAAUAACAUUAAAUAUGGUGAGGACUUUACAUCAAGCUAAUGUUAAUACACUUUGGGAACAUGCUUUAAGCGAUAAUAAGAAUUACAGAAAAAAACCUACUCCUAAGGAUCCACUACCAUUAAAAGAAGAUUUUAUACGUGCUAAACAUAGACAGCAGUUGUUCAUAUUAAAAAGUAGUGAUACCAGAGAAGAUUUAAAUCAACAAUUACAUUCUAGUGUCAGAACAUCAAAUCUUGAAACAAGCUUAAGAAUCUUAGCUCAAGGAGCUGAUUCUAAUUAUUAUCAUCCUGAAAAAGGAAAUUAUCCAUUACAUGUGGCAGCUAAAGCAGGGCAAAUAUUACAGGCUGAACUGUUACUUACCUAUGGAGCUGAUCCACGUGCCAUUGAUAGCAAUGGAAAUACUCCAGCAAUUUGUGCCAAGUUAUCUGGUCAUAAAGAUAUUAAUGAUAGACUAAAUGAUAGUAUGUAUGAAGUAUUAAAUGUUCUUUCAAUGUAUGUAUUUGGACGCAAAGUAGAACAUAAAAAUGAUGUCCAUAUAAUACCAUUUGAUCCAAAUGAUGAAUGUAUCAAACAAGAAGGUGAUCAACAAGAAGCUAUACAAAAGAUGCAGCAGUUGCCUAAUUACUUGUUUGAAGAUUUAGUAUUGGACGUUUUUGAUGAAAUUGAUCGAAGAGAAACUGAAAAAAUUUGGCAACAAAAAAAUUCGCAAGCUCAUAUUAUGUCAGUACCAUUUUUGCCGGUAAAUCCUGAUUUAUCAUCAAUGAAAAAUCAAGGACGACAAAAAUUAGCUUGUUAUGGUCAAAAAGAAUUUAAAAAUCUUGUCAAGCAAAUUUUGAUUGAAAUAAACAGAAGGACUCAACCAGUGAAUAAAGUUAUUUCAAAAUUAAAAUAUGAUGAUGAUGAACCACUUUAUGAUCAUGUUGCUUCUGAUGAAGACUAUGCAACACCUGAACAAAUUGCUGCAAUGAUGACAAUACAAAUUAAACCACCUAUUAAUUUAAACAGUAAAGAGAAUAGUUUUCAAAUAGAAAAAAAUGCUAUUGAAGAAACCAUAGAUUCAAACAAAAUGAGUAUGAAUCAUAUAGUGCCUAAUUUGCCUUUGUUUAAUGGUAAGGCCUUCGAAACAAAAUUAUCAGAGUCUGAGGCCAAAAUUUCCAAAUUGAUUUCAGAAAUUGAUUUACUGAAAAAAAAAGUAGAAGAAGUUACUAAAGAAAAUUUAGAAUUAAAAUGUGAAAUGUUACGACAAAAACAACCAACACUGGCAAUCAAUGAAAACGAGUGUGGUGAUGUUAAACAACCGAUAAGACCUGUAUCAAUGUAUGAAACUCGGGAAGGAAUAAAAUGUGAUAUGAAUCAAAGUACACAAACAGGUAGUUUACCAUUAUAUGAAGAUGUUGUUCGUCAUACUGCUCAAGUAACUAAGGGUAUACAAGAACUAUGGACUAAUAUAAGAUCAUCAGAAGCUUGUAAAGCAUUUGUUCCUGGCACUGAAAAAAUUAGGACUGCUGUAGUUGAACUUACUGCAAUAUUUCCACAUAGUAUUAAUGAUGAUGUUCUAAAAUCGGCAUUAUGGUCAUUGAAUACAAAUACUACUCAACUACAACUUGAAUGUGCAUGUUUGGAAGCUGGUGUUGAAAGAGUGCGGGAUUGCUCAUUCAAUAUUGCAAAAGCUACUAAACAGCUUUUGACAAGGUUUUGACUAUAAUCGAUGAUAGUAAACUAAUAAAUAUUUUUAAAAUUUAUAAAUAUAUAUUUAAAUUUAAAUCUUUUACUAAGUUCCUUUUAAUUAUUUAUUAAUAUAAAUAUAUACAUACAGGGUAAUAUUUGUGUUAUAAUUUAAGUUUAAUUAAUACAAUUUAUAUCAAAAUAAUAUUGAGCAUAAUAACAUUGUCUAUUGGUCUAUUAUUUUAUUGUAAACUUCGCACCUAAU